CCACAGUGCAGCUUCCUUUGCUAACUGGAGACAGCAGAGGUUCCGUCCUCCGUUACCACCAUGGCGUCAACUGAGAUAGCAAGGCAAGCGGGUGAGGGUGCUCGUGCUGUCCCCCUGGCAGGCCAUGUCGGCUUUGACAGCAUGCCUGAUCAGCUGGUUAACAAGUCUGUCAACCACGGGUUCUGCUUCAACAUCCUCUGUGUUGGCGAGACGGGUCUGGGGAAGUCAACCCUCAUGGACACGUUGUUCAACACCAAGUUUGAGGGCGAGCCAACCCAGCACAACCAGCCGGGAGUCACGCUCAAAUCCAACACCUAUGAGCUCCAGGAGAGUAACGUGCGCCUCAAACUCACUGUCGUCAACACUGUCGGCUUCGGAGACCAGAUCAACAAAGAAGACAGCUACAAAUCUAUCGUGGAGUUCAUUGAUGCCCAGUUUGAAGCAUAUCUACAAGAGGAGCUGAAAAUAAAGCGCACGCUACACAGCUACCACGACACCCGCAUCCACGCAUGCCUGUAUUUCAUCGCUCCCACGGGACACUCGCUCAAAUCCCUGGAUCUGGUGACCAUGAAGAAACUUGAUAGCAAGGUCAACAUUAUCCCAAUUGUUGCCAAGUCGGACGCCAUUUCCAAGAGUGAGCUGGCUAAGUUUAAAAUCAAAAUCACCAGUGAGCUUGUCAGCAACGGAGUGCAGAUCUACCAGUUCCCCACUGAUGACGAGUCAGUGGCAGAGAUCAACUCCACCAUGAACAGCCAUUUGCCAUUUGCCGUGGUGGGGAGCACGGAGGAGGUGAAGAUUGGGAACAAGAUGGUGAAGGCCCGUCAGUACCCCUGGGGGACGGUUCAGGUGGAAAAUGAGAAUCACUGUGACUUCGUCAAGCUGCGAGAAAUGCUGAUUAGAGUGAACAUGGAGGACCUGCGAGAGCAGACUCACACGCGCCAUUAUGAGCUCUACCGCCGCUGCAAACUGGAAGAGAUGGGCUUUAAAGACACAGACCCUGACAGCAAGCCCUUCAGUCUUCAGGAGACAUAUGAAGCUAAGAGGAAUGAAUUCAUGGGUGAGCUGCAGAAGAAAGAAGAAGAAAUGAGGCAAAUGUUUGUCCAAAGAGUCAAAGAGAAGGAGGGCGAGCUCAAAGAGGCGGAGAAAGAGCUGCACGAGAAGUUUGACCGUCUGAAGAAGCUCCACCAGGACGAGAAAAAGAAACUGGAGGACAAGAGGAAGUCCCUGGAUGACGAGCUCAACAUGUUCAAACAGAAAAAGACUGCUGCAGAGCUCCUGCAGAACCAAGCCCAGCAGGCAGGGGGCUCCACCACACUCAAGAGGGACAAAGAGAGGAAAAACUGAUGUGACGCCGUGCCUGUUAGAAAUGGAAGAAGACACUUGCACUGAGAAGCUUAGGAUUCCUGUAGAAAAAAGUGCUCCCUUGUGACCAUCCCGCUGUGAAUGAGUUUCCACCCCGUCAUCUUUUUACAGAACCCCUUCCCCACCCUCACCCUCACCCAACCCCCAUAAUUCAACCCUCCACAUGCCCCCUGCUCUCUGGAAGACGCUGGGCAUUGCUACCAGUUUGACAUUUUUUGCUGAAUGAUGCUUGUAUGUUAUAUGGUUCAUACAAGCAAUUGUUUGGCUUGUCUUUUUAUACAAUUUUUUAAGAAUAAUGCAUUCCAUGUUUGUUUUAUAUGAAGUGAUUAAUUGCAUGAUGGAGUGAGCUUUUUGAAUAUUAACAUACAUGGCUACUGUAGUGAUGGGCAGACAUGUGUUGAGGAUAAAGUGAAACAUGUAUCAGACAGUGGGACAUCAGUAUGAACAGUAUAUGUGGUCAAAGAUACAGUAAAGAAAGAAUGAAGUCUUUUGAUGAUUGAUGCGAGGAAGGAUUAAGUUAAUGUUGAGCCAUCAAUCCAACAUUGUCCAAAAAAAGUGGUUUCAUAUUUGAUCGCUAAUGCACUGCGUUUCCUGUGACAGCUUCACAAUGAAAGCCAUCCUGUGUUUCGACAGUUGAUCACUUUUAAUGUGACGCAGCAGCAGUAAUAAAGGAGAAGUAACUUAAUGCAGCUCUGAUAUGGCUGUAAGAGAGCGAACAGUAAACAGUGAGGCUGAUAUCAGUGAGAUAGAAUUACAGUAACGCUGAAUUACAUGCAUGCAUCUUUUCCUGUUAAUCCAUCUCGCAUUUGAGGGCAAAAUGAAUCCACCUUGGUAAUGACGGACCCCGCCACUAAUAAUGUAAACUAUAAUACAUUGUAUGGCUAUUGCAGAAAUAAUAUCAAAAGGGGUUCGAUUUUUAUGAACAUCUUAAGAAGUAUAACUUUAAAGUUUCCACUUAUUAUUACCUCAAAUUUAUAGACAUUGGACCUAAAACAAGAAUUUAAUUUGAGAUUUGAUUUGUUUUGGUAUUUAUGUCCUUUUUCCUGAUGCUGUUUCACUUUAUCCAGAUGCAUGAGUAGUUGUGAGCCUAAUCUCCUUGCCACUUCUCCCAUACCUCAUCCAUUGUCAUGUGUUAUGUGCAUACUUGUAUUAGCUUUCACAUUUGCACUUUUUUUAUACACAAAUGUGAUGUUUUUUAAGUAUAUAUUAAUGUUGCUAGUGCAAUUGUAACUUUCUUUUUUAUUUUACUUACUAUGAAGGCACAUUUAAAAGUAAUUCCUCAUGAUGUCCAUUGUCCUGCAGGGACCAGUGUUUUUUUUGUAUCCGUGUUACACAUAAAAUAAAUAUUAUCUCAAAAGAAAAUAAAGGCCAAUUUUUCACCAAAUAUUACAACUGUGGCCAUAAUCAUUGUGUAUGACAAAUAUUGCCGUAAUUAGGUAAUUAGAGUAAAGUUUAAUUGAUCCAAAUUGGGAAAGUGGGUAUGCUUGAUUUAUUACUGUCAAAGUCUAGAAGACCGUGAAUAAAUGUUGACGCCAAUAAGCGUUGCCUUGACGAUCUGA